UGCCUCUUAAGCUAUUCCAAAACCCUAGUUUCACUCCAUCCAUUUCUCUCUCUUUCUCACACAUUUCUCUCUCUCACAUUUCUCUCUCUCUCUCUCUCUCUCUCUCUGAAGCGAUGUCAGGAAAGGGAGAGGGACCAGCGAUCGGAAUCGAUCUUGGCACCACCUACUCCUGCGUCGGAGUUUGGCAACACGAUCGUGUUGAAAUCAUCGCCAACGACCAAGGCAACAGAACGACGCCGUCCUAUGUAGCCUUCACCGAUACAGAGCGUUUGAUCGGCGAUGCCGCUAAGAACCAGGUCGCCAUGAACCCCACCAACACCGUCUUCGAUGCAAAGAGGUUGAUUGGUAGGCGGUUCACUGAUGCCUCGGUACAGAGUGACAUGAAGUUGUGGCCUUUCAAGGUCAUUGCUGGCCCUGGUGACAAACCCAUGAUUGGUGUCAACUACAAGGGUGAGGAGAAGCUCUUUGCAGCUGAGGAGAUCUCCUCCAUGGUUCUAAUUAAAAUGCGUGAAAUUGCUGAGGCAUACCUUGGUUCCACUGUGAAGAAUGCUGUGGUCACUGUUCCUGCUUACUUCAACGAUUCUCAACGUCAGGCGACUAAGGAUGCUGGUGUGAUUGCCGGUCUCAACGUGAUGCGUAUCAUCAAUGAACCUACUGCUGCUGCCAUUGCUUAUGGUCUUGACAAGAAGGCAACCAGUGUCGGGGAAAAGAAUGUCUUGAUCUUUGAUCUUGGUGGUGGUACUUUUGAUGUGUCCCUUCUUACCAUUGAAGAAGGUAUCUUUGAGGUGAAGGCCACUGCUGGAGAUACCCAUCUGGGAGGUGAAGAUUUUGACAAUAGAAUGGUUAACCACUUUGUCCAGGAGUUCAAGAGGAAGAACAAGAAGGAUAUCAGCGGUAACCCCAGAGCUCUCAGGAGAUUGAGAACUGCCUGUGAAAGAGCGAAGAGGACUCUCUCAUCCACCGCCCAGACCACCAUUGAAAUUGAUUCCCUUUAUGAGGGUGUUGACUUUUACUCCCCCAUUACCCGUGCCAGAUUUGAGGAGCUCAACAUGGAUCUCUUCAGAAAGUGUAUGGAACCAGUUGAGAAGUGUUUGAGAGACGCUAAGAUGGACAAGAGCACUGUUCACGAUGUUGUUCUCGUUGGUGGAUCUACCAGGAUUCCCAAGGUCCAGCAGCUAUUGCAGGACUUCUUCAACGGGAAGGAGCUCUGCAAGAGCAUCAACCCUGACGAGGCUGUUGCUUAUGGUGCUUCUGUCCAAGCUGCUAUCUUGAGCGGCGAGGGUAAUGAGAAGGUUCAGGACCUCUUGUUGUUGGAUGUUACCCCACUUUCCCUUGGUUUGGAAACUGCUGGUGGUGUUAUGACUGUGUUGAUCCCCAGGAACACUACCAUCCCCACAAAGAAAGAGCAGGUCUUCUCUACCUACUCUGACAACCAACCCGGUGUGCUAAUUCAGGUCUAUGAAGGUGAGAGAACGAGGACCAGGGACAACAACUUGCUUGGCAAAUUUGAGCUCUCUGGAAUUCCCCCAGCUCCUAGGGGUGUUCCUCAGAUUACAGUGUGCUUUGACAUUGAUGCCAAUGGUAUCCUUAAUGUCUCUGCUGAGGACAAGACCACCGGCCAGAAGAACAAGAUCACCAUCACCAAUGAUAAGGGAAGGCUGUCUAAGGAGGAAAUUGAGAAGAUGGUUCAGGAAGCAGAGAAGUACAAGUCGGAGGAUGAAGAGCACAAGAAGAAGGUUGAGGCAAAGAAUACCUUGGAGAACUAUGCAUACAACAUGAGAAAUACAGUCAAGGAUGAGAAGAUUGGUGAGAAGCUCCCUGCUGCUGAUAAGAAGAAGAUUGAGGAUGCAAUUGAGCAGGCGAUCCAAUGGUUGGACAGCAACCAGCUUGCUGAGGCUGACGAGUUUGAGGACAAGAUGAAGGAAUUGGAGAGCAUCUGCAACCCGAUCAUUGCAAAGAUGUACCAGGGUGCAGGUGGCGGUGAUAUGGGUGGUGCUGGUAUGGAUGAGGAUGGUCCUCCUGCUGGUGGAAGUGGUGCCGGUCCCAAGAUUGAGGAAGUGGACUAAGUUGCUGGUUUUCUAUUUGCGUUGUUUCUUUUUGUUUUUUUGUGUCUUUAAUAUUUAAAAGAUAUUGCCCCGUCUUUAAAAUUCGCAAGUUAUUUUUGUGAUUUGUACCAGAAUUUCUAGUUACAUGGAGGUUUUGAACUUGUUUUGGUAGUUUGUUCAAAGCCAAAUGGAAUUGUCUUUUCGGUCGCAUUUUUUUGGGUGAA